GCAGCUAAAUGCUAACAGUAGACCAGGGGUAGUUGGAGUUGACUUUAUAAUUUUCUUCGCUUAUAAAUGUCAGGGAUCCAGAUCGUCGCCGAAUUUCAGCCCUAUCUUCCUUUAAAACGACCGUAAAAUCUCACACAGAAUCGUCGCCAGUUUUCUCGCCGAAGAAUUUGCUUCAAAUUCAGUUUAAUUUAGGGUUUUAGAGAUCGAACAUGAUGGCGGAAGCUAGUGCGCACUCGCGAUAUGUGAAAUUGACUAAAGAACAAACUGCCGUCGAGGAUAUUAAGCCCGGUGAGCUCAAUCAGCCCAUCGAUGUUCCUCAGUUGAAUGUGAGGAAGUGCAAUGAAUGUGGACAGGCUUUGCCGGAAAAUUUUGAGCCUCCUUCGGAUGAGCCGUGGUCUACUGGAAUUUUUGGCUGUACUGAAGAUACUGAAAGUUGUUGGACGGGACUAUUUUGCCCCUGUGUGCUCUUCGGGAGAAAUAUUGAAAGCCUGAGAGAUGAUACUCCUUGGACUACACCUUGCAUUUGCCAUGCUGUUUGUAUUGAAGGUGGAAUGGCACUUGCGGCAGCAACAGCAAUUAUACACGGUUUUGACCCAAGGUCAUCAUUUUUACUAUGUGAGGGUUUACUUUUUGCUUGGUGGAUGUGUGGUAUAUAUACCGGCCUUGUUCGGCAAUCAUUACAGAGGAAAUAUCACCUCAAGAACUCACCAUGUGAUCCAUGCCUGGUUCACUGCACCAUGCAUUGGUGUGCUUUGUGCCAGGAGCACCGGGAGAUGAAAGGGCGCUUGUCCGAUAACUUUGUCAUGCCUAUGACCAUUGUCAAUCCUCCCCCUGUUCAAGAGAUGAGCUCCACAAAUGAGAAUCAAGAUUCCGAAAAGGGCCCCAGCUUAGAGAUGCAAGCUUUGUGAAUCCACAGUAAGACAGGAUGUUCAUUAAUAAUUAAAUUUUAUAUCCAAGAUGAUUUUUCUGUAGACUUAUAUCUUUAUACUAGAAACUCUCAACUUUGCCUGGUGGUGAUGCAUUUUGUGCCUUUAAAGUUUCAAUCAUCAGAGCUUAAAAUUGUAAUACAAACAGCUUCUAUUUCUUGCUUUGUUACGCACACAAAAAUCCAUUUUGUGUGCAACAUCA